AUGUCUGGUAAAAAUACCAGCCAUGAUAAUAUUGUGAGAGUUGUAAAACUACAUAAAAUUGGUAAUAGAAACCGUGAAAUUGUCAAAAUUACUGCUGUUAAUGAGAAGACAGUGUCGCGACUUCUCCAAAAAUGGCGUCGGGCUGGAUCUGGUGAUAACGUUCCUGAACACAAACACGGCGGGGGAAGGUCUUUAAAGAUUCCUUCAAAGACUUUAAGGCUUUUAAGGCGUCAGUUGGACCUUAAUCCUUCAAUUACUGCAAAGGAAUUGAAAGAAAAGAACCCUAAGCUCCUUAGAAAUGUCUCUGUAAGGACAAUUCAGCGCAACAUCCAGAAGCGUCUAGAAUAUUCCAAGGUGAAAGCGCGAGUCAAGCCCCUCGUGGCUGCUAAGCAACGUUGCUGUCGUGUUCAAUUUGCCAAGGACCAUAAGGACUGGGACCUUGUACAGUGGCAUAAGGUCCUUUGGACCGAUGAAGCAACGUUCUGCGUCAGUGAGAACAAGGGCACGAAGGUUUGGAAGUCACGCACUUCGUCAAUGUGUGACCCGCGGCUGACCGUGACCAGCGUUAAGCAUCCGCCCUACCUCAUGGUGUGGGGCUCCUUUGGCUACGGUGGGACUACGGGAAUCUUGUCAUGGCUUCCUCCUAGAUUGUCCAAAUGCUUUAAUUACUGA